UUACCAUAUAAAUACACCCACCCUUCUCUUUCUCUCUCUCUUUUUUAAGCCUCGUCUUCUUCCUUUCCUUUCUCUCUUUCUCCUCCAUAUCUUUUCUUUCCUUUUAAUCCAGAUUUAUUAAAUAUUAUCAAAUUUUAAAAUCAAAUCAAAUUGCAUUUUUUAUCAUUUCCCAGAAAUUAAAAAACCCAGGGAUUUAAAGAAAUUCAUCCAUCAUAGCAUUUCAGAAGAGCAAGAAGCUGUUAUUCAAGAAAAGAGUAAUGGCGGUCCAUCAUCACCGGUGGAACGCCGUCGUUUUACUCUUACUCUCCACUUUCUUCAUUAUCCUCUGUUUUCUCUCUCCUCCAUGUCUUGGAAUCCGAUCCCUUUCAAGAGGAGGGGCAGGACUGGAAUUUCACCACCUCUUGCGCUUCUCUGAAGCGCCGGACUACCGUAACGGCGUAGGCUGUUCCUCAACUCACUCUCCCUUCACUCACUGUGACCCUUCAUUGGUCCACGUCGCCAUGACUCUCGACUUUGAGUACUUACGUGGCUCAAUCGCCGCCGUUCAUUCCGUCCUUAAACACUCUUCCUGUCCGGAGAACAUCUUCUUCCACUUCAUCGCCGCCGAGUUUGACGCGCUGUCUCCCCGAGUUCUGAGUCAACUCGUUCGGUCCACCUUCCCGUCGCUUAACUUCAAGGUCUACAUCUUCCGGGAAGAUACCGUCAUCAACCUAAUCUCGUCGUCUAUCCGGGUCGCACUCGAAAACCCGUUAAACUAUGCCCGGAACUACCUGGGUGACAUACUUGACCCGUGUGUCAACCGGGUCAUCUACCUUGAUUCGGACCUUAUCUUGGUCGACGACAUCUAUAAACUCUGGAACACAACAUUAUCUCCCAAUCACAUAAUCGGAGCCCCGGAAUACUGCCACGCCAACUUCACCACAUACUUCACACCCACAUUCUGGUCCAACCCGAGUUACAAAUCCGUGGCUUUCGGGUCAUUAACCCGAAAACCGUGCUACUUCAACACGGGCGUGAUGGUAAUGGAUUUACAAAAAUGGAGGGCUGAAAAUUACAGGAGUAAAAUCGAAGGGUGGAUGGAAAUCCAAAAGAAAACCCGGAUUUACGAGCUGGGUUCAUUACCGCCAUUUUUGCUUGCAUUCGGAGGUAGAAUCGAACCAAUUGAACACAGAUGGAAUCAACACGGGUUAGGGGGUGACAAUGUGCGCGGUUCUUGUAGAUCUUUGCACCCGGGCCCAGUGAGCUUGUUACAUUGGAGUGGAAAAGGGAAGCCAUGGGUGAGGCUCGAUGGGAAGAAAGCGUGUCCGUUGGAUCAUCUCUGGGAACCCUAUGAUUUGUUUAAAGGGAGGAGAGAGAGAGAGAUUCAACGUCAACAACAGCAGUUUGGUGGGUUUGUUGGUGGUGCUUCUUCUUUAAUUGGAUGGUUGUAAGUUUUGUAAUUUCUUCAUUAUUUGAUUUCAAUUUUAUUCAUUUUUCGGAAAGGGAAAAGAAAAGGGGAAAUUAUUAAAUUGGGUGGAUUAUUGAAUUUUAGGCAGAUUGGAUUUGAAUUCUUUGGUUAGGAUGGUAGAUGAUGAGGAUGUACAGUCUCAGAGAUUGGGAAGAUGAAGAUGCAUUCAAUUGGCAUUUAAUUCGUACAUGGAUUUUUAUUUAACUAUUUUUGUCACUGUAUAAUUUCUGGGUUCCUGUUCUUAGGAACCAAAUUUUGAAGGUAACUUUUCUGUAUACUGAAAAAAAUAUGAGGAAAAAAAAAAAGACAGUCGAUUUUUUUCGGAUUCA